GUGAAGGUUGAAGAUUCAGGAUAGCUACUCCAACUGAUUUUAUUUCCUUAUUUCUCCCUAUCCUUCCUUUUGCUUUCUGAUGUCUGACACUAAUAAACAGCCGAAGAGAGGCUGAAUCCGUACUGUAGAAAUAGUCCGGUUUGACACCACUUUAACUGCCAUGGCCCAAUGCUAUGGAAUUUGGUGCCGCCACAAACUACACUCCCCAGAAGUCCAUAGCAUUGAGCCUUGGCAUUUAAAGUGGUGUCAAAAUGGGUUAUUUCUGCAGUGCGGAUGCAGCUGCUUCCUCCUUAGCCCUACUGAGAGCUUCAGUGAGGCCUUGAGUUUGGGGCAGAAAGUCUCACAGAAGGCUGCUUUUGCCAUCAAGCACCUCAGUGCCCUUCCCCUGUUUUAGACGGAGGUUUCACUCAGAUAGUCAUGGGCUUUGGCCCGCCUUGCAAGUGUGUUGUGAAUAGGCAGCUCUAGUGGUAUAUUUUCAGACGAAAUAAAAUGAACUGGGUUGGAGGCUCCCGUAAAAGAAUCAUGCUUACCAAGGAGAAAAGGCGGCAGAAGGACUUCUUUGAAAAGGAAAAACUUAAGUCAAAGAUGAAGCUGUUGGGAGUAUCUCCCCUUAAAAGCUCAGCUGUCAGUUUAGAUCUUCUCAAUCUGUAUGUUGUUAACCAGAUCUCUGCUAGGAAGGAUAAUACUGACAAUAUCAGAAAGCCAGUUCAUGUUGAAAUUAAUAGAGGAAUAAAACAUACUUUGAGAAGAUACAAUGUAGAACUUCCCAAAUCACCAGAAUGCAGAUCAUCUAAACCUUUCUUAGAUGAUGUCCAGUACAGGGUGCAACAAGAAGUAAUAGAAAAUAGACAGAAAUACCUUUUAGAAAAGGAGAACUUUAAGUCACAAUGCCUACAAGCUUCUCAGCUAACAAAUACUAAAUGUGAAGAUCUUUGGCUUUCUAAGGCAGGAUACAGGCAAACAGGUUUCAAUGAACGAAAUGCAGAUAGAUCAGUUGACCUCUCUUUCCAGCAGAUGAAUGGUCUAGAAUAUAGUAGCAUAUUCAGCAAGUCUCCCAAGUUCACUGCUGAUACAGACUUUGGAAGCAAUCACCAAGAAGACACCUUAAAGGAUACCCAAGGAGAAAGCUCCCAUCCUAUUGCAACACUAUUUGAAGAGAAGAAUCAACAGUUUCUGACUAUCCCUGUUUCACAGUCUUGUCAUUCCUUUGCUAAAAAACCAAUCCUUGAUCAGCUAUUUACAGAUUCAGGGGAUGCAAAUCAAAUAUCUAGUAUGCAUGGCCCUUACGAUAAUGAAGAAAUGCAUGAGAUGACAUGUUCUGUUCAAAGAUAUUCUGCUGAAAGAGAUCUCCAAGGUAUUUUCACAGCUCCAGAGCAGAUUUUAUUCCCUAACAGCCAAAGCUUAAAUGCAGUCAACCAAAAGACUAUUAAGAAUCAAAUGAAAGACUACUAUCUCAAAGAAAGAAAUAAUGUAAUAUGUACAGAUCAACAAGAGAAUACUAUAGAUGUUAAAAAUACAGGGGUAUUUGAAAACAAAAACAAAAAUAUGAAGGUGGCAGAAACAAUACAGAACUAUUUUAAAAAAUGCAGGGAAGAUGGACUGACAGAAUCAAAUUUGAAUCAUUUGCAGAUCUUUGCACUUGAAGAGACAGAAAAAGAAAGCUGCAGUUAUUAUGAUCAGCAUUCAAAACAAAGUGGGGGAAACGGUUAUGGAUCUCAGCUAAGCAGCCAGUCACCUACUUAUUCUCCAAAGCAAACAGAGAGAUGUGCCAAUAGUACAUCUGAUGAGUCUGAAGAGGAAGAACAGGAUGAGAAGGCAUCAUAUUUUUUUGAGGACCGUUUUCCAAGAAAUGAUGGCAAACCCCUUGCAGUUCGAGGAAGUCAAAGAGCACAGUGCCCUUGCCAGUCAAUGAGCACUUAUUCUGUUUUCCUUGAAAGUGUAUCCAGAGAAACAGCUAACAUUCCUCCCCAGACAAAGCCAGCCAUGGGUCUAAGAAAAGAUAUGCCAUGCAGAGCUGGAAAAGAUGUGUUGGAUGUGUCAUGUGAAAACAAAUAUGUUAAUUUCAAGGCAAGGAACAAUGCUUGGUCCCAAACAGAGUCCUACGGAAUACAUGGAAUUAAAAAACGUGAUGCAGCCAUACAAUGCAAUAUACUGCAGGUCUGCGGCUGUAAAAAUGGGCUGGCCUCUGUCCUUAGUGCUGAAAUUGUCUGUUCUACUAGCAAAGUAGAGACCACUGGAGGGCAGAACAUUCCAGCAGACAGAGCAGCUCUUCAGCCUUCAAGUAGCUGAAAUUUCUCUGUUCACUAAGUUUGUCUCCUUACAGUAAAAGACAAAAAAAUUAAGAUGAAGCAUAGCAGAUUUUAAUAUAAUUAAUAAAUGCAAAAACGUGACUAAACAGGCAAUUCAAGUUCAUGUGCAGCCAAACUGAACUGAUUAAUUUCUUCCACCACAGUCUACUUAAAUGCACUGAACACAAUCCAACACAGAACUGAACAUCCUCAGCACAGAUCUCUCUUAUAUUAUGCUGGUUCGGUGAGCUUAAGCAUGUCAUGCCAUACUGCUUUGGAUUGUAAACAUUUUUCUGCAACCGGCCUGCAGCGGCUAAUGUAUUUGGUUUUUAAUCUCUGUAUUAUUGCUAUCAUUAUAUAGACUAUAAUAAAAACA